AUGCACGGCCCUUAUGAGUAUGUGGACGACUUUGUAGAGGCACUACACAAGGCAUCAUCGAGCAGUUCCAAGCCACUACUACGUUCGUCGCUAUACACCGUACCUCCUACUCCGGAAGAUCCAGUUGAACAUCAGAUUCAGUCCUGGAAGGCGCAAGAAUUCGCGUAUCGACAGUUUAGCCAAGACAGUGAUGAGCUUCCUACGCUGGCGCGUGGCCUGUUUACUGAGAAAGUGGAAGGUGACGCACCACAUUCCAGAAUUGUAGCUCGCGGAUACGACAAGUUUUUUAACCAAGGAGAACUUUCGUGGACUCGACCUGAAGCACUUGCCACCUACUCGACGGGUCCCUAUGUUCUGUCGUUCAAGGAAAACGGUUGUAUUAUUUUUGCAGCUGCGCUAUCGCCCGAGCAUCUCUUGGUUACAUCGAAGCAUGCUAUUGGCUCUCGACCAGAUGGUGACAUGGUAUCCCAUGCUGAUAUGGGCCAAACAUGGCUGCGCCGUCACUUAGCAAGUCGCGGUAAGACUGAGGCCCAACUAGCUGCAGAACUCUGGCAUCGUAAUGAGACUGCUGUUAUGGAGCUCUGUGAUGACGCCUUUGAGGAACAUGUGCUUGCUUACAGUCCUGAGCGGACAGGGCUCCAUUUGCACGGCCUGAACUCGAAUACGCCCGAGUUUUCUACAAGGCCAAUUGAGCAAGUAAAUGAAUUUGCUGAGAACUGGGGUUUGAUGCCAGUGCGAUAUCUUGUCUUUAACACGUUUGAAGAGGUCGAGAAUUUCGCGAGAAAGGUGGGUGAGACAGGGUCUCUUAAUGGCGAGCCUAUCGAAGGGUUUGUCGUCCGUACAACGAUGCCGUCUCACAAAGAUCCACCUCCAAGCGGUGUUGUGAAGCCACCCUACUCCCCUGGUCAAACCUGGUUCUACAAAAUCAAGUUCGACGAGCCGUAUCUGAUGUAUCGCGACUGGCGCGAGCUCACGCGGACCAUGCUGCAACAGAAGAAGGACUUUGAUGCGUUGCAAGUAGUAUUACUCACGCGCCAAGCCGACCAACUGCAGGUGUCCGAGGCUACUCCCGCUGAGACAGUGUCGGAAGAGAAUCCUUCACAAGACCUUUCCACUAUCAAUACCGAAGCGCCAAGCAAGAAAGCUCUUAAGCGUGCCAAAAAGCAAGCCAGCCAGCUGGCCAACAAGGCCCAAAAGAAUCAGCUGGAGCAGGACCGGGCUGCCGGUCGCGUCCCGCCUGCUCCCCCUAUGCCACGAACUCGUCGCCCUGAGACGACUCUGUAUAUUGAAUGGUGUUAUGAUCGGCUGUAUGGCAACCUUGAACGAGGUGUAGAGCCACAGCCUGAAAUCUUUGCUCGGUUCUUAGAGGGCCGAGGUAUCAUUGCUCUUCGUGAAGCCUUUUUGGAAUACAAGGCAUCAGAUGCGGGACAAAAGGCUCUACAGCGUCAUGAAACAAGCCCUGUAUCAUCUAUUCGAGACCUGCGUCUGGACGAGCGGCCGUACUCAAAGACCCUGAUCGUCCCUAUUGCCGUGGUGGGCUGUGGGAAGACGGCAUUGUGUGUGGCAUUGUCCGAUUUGUUCGGCUGGACGCACAUCCAAAGUGACGACGUCCAGGCCAAACGCACCGCUCCUAUGUUCUUGAAACGGCUAGAGCAAGCGCUACUCAGCGAUCCUGUCAAGGGCAAAAUAGGUCGUGUACGCUUGGUGGCUCUGGCGUGGCGUGUGGAUGGCCUGCCUCAUUCUCUUAUUCAGCAAGUUUAG